CUCUGAUUGGUCAGCGGGCGUGACGCGCAGCCGGAUUGUCAGUUCCAGUCAUACGAUCUGUCAUCAUCCUCCGUACAAUGCGAAAAGGGAAGUUGAAAGAAGUGGGAGACGGAGACCGCGGAGCCUUAUAAGAAUCAACCCCGCAGCCGCCGCCUGGAUUCCCUCCGCGCUCCACGGACCCUCCAGCGCUACAGAUAUCACCCCGCAGACUCCAUUUGCGGUAAAUCGGUCGCUCCUUUUUAGCAGGUUCUACCGUUUCCCACCGCAUCAACGCUCGGGGGAAGAAACCAAACCAGAGUGACAUGGCGAGUAGAGGCGGAGCCACGAGACCCAACGGGCCUAACGCGGGCAACAAGAUUUGCCAAUUCAAACUCGUCCUUCUAGGAGAGUCGGCGGUGGGGAAAUCCAGUCUCGUUCUUCGUUUCGUCAAAGGACAGUUUCACGAAUUCCAAGAGAGCACAAUCGGAGCUGCCUUCCUGACUCAGACAGUAUGUUUGGAUGACACAACGGUCAAAUUUGAAAUCUGGGACACAGCCGGUCAGGAGCGCUACCACAGCCUGGCUCCCAUGUACUACAGAGGCGCCCAGGCCGCCAUCGUGGUCUACGACAUCACGAACGAGGAGUCAUUUGUACGAGCGAAGAAUUGGGUUAAAGAGCUUCAGAGACAAGCCAGUCCAAAUAUUGUAAUAGCCUUGGCGGGGAACAAGGCUGAUCUGGCCAACAAGAGAGCUCUGGACUUCCAGGACGCACAGUCGUACGCAGACGACAACAGCUUGCUUUUCAUGGAAACGUCCGCUAAGACUUCAAUGAACGUGAACGAGAUCUUCAUGGCUAUCGCAAAGAAGCUUCCCAAGAACGAGCCGGCAGCCGCCGGAGCCAGCGGCGCCCGGAACCGGGGGGUGGACCUGACAGAGACGGCUCAGCCCGCCAGCCGCCCCUGCUGCAGUAACUAGCCCGGCUCCGCCUCCUCCUCCUCACCUGCACACGCACCCUCUCCACUCCCGCCUCUCAGCCGAACAACACGGGGACGUGGGGGUCCCGGCCUCCUGCCUCAGACCCGAUCUUCAUCCUCACUCCCCGGGAUAGCGAAAGACUCUGUAUAGCUUCAUUUCUAAUACUUUUUGUUUUGUUCUUUUUUUUAAAACUUUUUUUAAGAAGUGUAUAUCAGUAUAAUGGAUGCAUGUAUCACUACACCGCCUGAAGAGAAGCGACUUUCUGUGGUUGGAAGACGAACCUGUUGGGGGACGAGCGUGAACUCUGAGCGUCCGGACCCAGGGGGAGCGGCCGUCGCCUGCAGCAGUUCGGGGCUCAAACGUUCGUUCACAGGGAGACCAAAACCAAACGAGACGGGAAAGGAUUUCUGCUCCAGAAAACCCCAAAGUCUGAAACAAAGUGGAGAAAUCUGCAAAUGUUUGCCAAGUUAGUGAACAGGAAGUGAGAAGGCAGUCCAGCGUCGUCCUCAUCCUCGUUAGAGCAUCACUGUCUGUUAACGAGCUCAUGUUCCAUUGGGCCAGAACUGUGUGGGCGGGCCGGGUCGUAAAGGGUGGAGGCUGAUAGAGCAGAUAAUUGGAUUACUACUCUUCGUCACAUUUAUGUGGAAACAAUAUAUAUACUCUAAUGUUGUUAUAAUAGAGUGCAAUCUUGUCUUUUCUUUGAGCUCGCGGGCUCUCCAGGAAAUGUAUCCAGAGAUUCCGAACAAUUGUACAGUUCAGUCUUUUUUUUUCCUCUUUUUUUAUGUCUUCAUGCUAAACCUUCGUCACUUUCUGCUCAAAUAUCCACCAGUGGUGAUCUUUUAGGUAUGUGUAGUGUUAUUAACCGACCCCCCCUGGCGUCUCGUCACUUGGGUUUCCCCCACAAAGCUCCGUGGGCGUUUCUGGAGAGGAACUUCUACUGCGUCACAGUGUUGAUCACCGUUUAAUUCUCCACAACUGCCCUUGGAUUUUCUAUGACGGACUGUACUGGACUCGUUAACCUAUACGCAGGUAGCACCAUUAACCCGACCGCAGGUCUCUUCCAGCUCAAUGAAUUCUAAUGAUGUAAAGCAGCAUUACUAGUGAUGGGCUGAUCGUUUUUGACUGUCUGAAAACACCUUCAUAAAUCCAAUAAAGAGCUCUGUUAAAGGCUUUUGGGACCGGAG